AUGUUUAUGAUUUCUUUAGGAGGAGGUGGUGGAGGUGGUGGGUAUGAAGGGGGUGGAGGAGGAGGCCAUGGUGGUGGAUACGGAGGAGGUGGAGGUGGAAUCGGCCAAAGUGGAAAGAUUGUGAUUAUCAAGGUCGCUGAUGGUGGUGGCGGCGGUUAUGGUGGAGGAGGCGGCGGCGGCGGCGGCGGAUAUGGCGGAGGAGGCGGCGGCGGAUAUGGUGGGGGUGGGGGUGACCUCGGGGGUGGUUACGGAGGAGGAGGUGGGGGUGGUCAUGGAGGGGGGAAAGGGGGUGGUGGAUACGGAGGGGGAGGAGAUUUUGGCGGGGGUGGGGGCUAUGGAGGAGGUGGUCAUGGAGGGGGAAAAGGGGGUGGUGGCGGCGGAUACGGAGGGGGAGGAGAUUUUGGUGGGGGAGGAGGUGGAGGAGGUUAUGGGGUGGUUUCGUCGUCAUACGGAGGAGGGGGAGGAGGAGGGUAUGGCGGAGGGGGUGGAAAAGGAGAUGGGGGAGGAGGGUACGGAGGAGGAGGCGGAGGCGGAAAAGGGGGUGGAGGAGGUGCUUAUGGUGGGGGUGGGGGUGGAGACUUUGGGGGUGGGGGCAGUUAUGGCGGUGGAGGAGGUGGGGGUGGAGGAAAAGGUGGUGGCGGUGGAUCCUAUGGAGGAGGUGGUGGAGGAGGGGGAGGAAAAGGAGAUGGAGGGAAAGCCCACGGUUACGGCGGUGGUGGUGGAUACAGUGGGGGCGGCGGCAGUGGUGGAUACAGUGGGGGCGGCGGCAGUGGUGGAUACAGUGGGGGCGGCGGCAGUGGUGGAUACAGUGGGGGCGGCGGCAGUGGUGGAUACAGUGGGGGCGGCGGUGGAAGUGGUGGAUACAGUGGGGGCGGUGGGGGUGGUGGAUACAGUGGGGGCGGUGGGGGUGGUGGAUACAGUGGGGCGGUGGGGGUGGUGGAUACAGUGGGGGCGGCGGGAGUGGGGGUGGGGGUGGAUACAGUGGGGGCGGCGCCGGUGGUGGAUACAGUGGGGGCGGUGGGGGUGGAGGCGGAUACAGUGGGGGCGGCGCCGGUGGUGGAUACAGUGGGGGCGGUGGGGGAGGCGGAUACAGUGGGGGCGGCGGCGGUGGAAAAGGAGGUGCGAAAAAACCUCGCAUAG